AAAAUCAAAAGAACAUGCACACCAGUGAUCCAAACAAACAGAGAAAAUUAGAACCAGAAGCGUUGGCGAUGUUGAAUAACAUCAUAACACUUUUUACCUUGGAACAAGUUGGCAAUCAAGAAAAGACAAUGGUAUCAGAUCCGAGAAAAAAAAAAAAUCCACACAUACCCACACCAAUCACGAUCGAAUUCUCGGUCCGAACUUUUCUUACACAAGGACCUGGACCUACCUCACUCGCGUUUGUGUUGGACAUGAACUCUUAA